UCUCGGUCCCAUGUUGAACUCGAGUUGGAAGAGGUGAGUCCGCUCUCAAAAUGGAGGACCAUGAUCCAAAGGAACCAGAGCAGUUGAGAAAACUGUUCAUUGGUGGUCUGAGUUUUGAAACUACAGAUACUAGUUUAAGAGAACAUUUUGAGAAAUGGGACACACUCACAGAUUGUGUGGUAAUGAGAGACCCCCAAACAAAAUGCUCCAGGGGCUUUGGUUUGGGGACUUACUCUCGGGUUGAAGGGAUGGAUGCAGCAAUGUGUGGUCGACCACACAAGGUUGAUGGGUGUGUCGUGGAACCAAACAGAGCUGGAGAGGAUUCCGUAAAGCCUGGUGCCCAUCUCACAGUGAAGGAAACCUUUGUUGGUGGUAUUCAAGAAGAUGCAGAAGAAUAUAAUUUGAGAGACUACCUUGAAAAGUAUGGUGAAAUUGAAACCAUAGAAGUUAUGGAAGUCAGGCAGAGUGGGAACGAAAGAGGAUUUGCUUUUGUCACUUUUGAUGAUCGUGAUACAGUUGACAAAAUUGUUGUUCAGAAAUACCACACUCUUCAUGGGCAUAAUUGUGAAGUGGAAAAGGCCCUUUCUCAACAAGAGAUGCAAUCUGCUGGACCACAAAGAGGUCGUGGAGGUGGAUCUGGCGAUUUUAUGGGUCGUGGAGGAAACUUUGGAGGUAGUGGAGGUAAUUUUGGCCGUGGUGGAAACUUUGGUGGAAGAGGAGGCUAUGGUGGUGGAGAUUGUGGCAGCAGACGUAGUUAUGGAGGAGGUGAUGGUGGAUAUAAUGGAUUUGGAGGCGAUGGUGGCAACUAUGGCGGUGGUCCUGGAUAUGGAAGUAGAGCGGGUUAUGGAGCAGGAUAUGGAAACCGAGGUGGUGGAUAUGGUGGCGGUGGUGGAGGAUGUGAUGGUUACAAUGAAAGAGGAAAUUUUGGAGGUGGUAACUAUGGAGGUGGUGGACAACAGCCAUCAAAUUAUGGACCCAUGCAAGGGGGCAGUUUUGGUGGAAGAACCUCGGGCAGUCCCUGUGGUGGUGGUUAUGGAUCUGGUGGUGGGAGUAGUGGAUAUGGUAGCAGCAGGUUCUAAAAACAGCAGAAAAAAAAGGGCUACAGUUCUUAGCAGGAGAGAGAGCUAAGAGUUGUCAGGAAAGCCGCAGGUUACUUGGAGAACGUCGUCCCAAAUGCGUUAGAGGAACGGUCAAAAUCUGCCACAGAAGGAACGAUGAUCCAUAUUCAGAAAAGUUACUGAAGCUUCAACAGGAAGCCCUUCU